AUGGCGUCUCUCAAUAACGCUGGCCAUGGUCCGCUUCAGGUACCAGGAUUUGGCUCAAUCCCCCUGACUUUUGAACUGGCCCCCGAGGCGCGCUUUGCCCAUGGGUUGGUUGAAUAUCGCCACUCGUCUCGGUUGACCAAGCGAGAGAUGGCGAUGCUCCGACUCAUGUUACAUAUCACAGAGCAGCCUGGAUGGGAUCGCGCAAUACUGGACUCGGAUGAGACCAAGCUGGCGCAGUGGUACCAGGACGCCAGGGAAGGAACCGAAGGAUUUCUUAUCAGCGUCGCCACGUGGGAUUGGUGCCUCGCGGAACUGCGCGACAAAGCGGAGAUAUGGCAGACAACGGGCCAUCUCUUGAUCUUUGACAACUCCUCUGCUGUGUGUCAGGCCAACUUGUCGACGAAAGUGCCACCGCGGGAGUUCCAAAAGGAGAUUGCCCGGCUAGGGUCACAGCAAGGCCAUGAUUCCCCCCUUGUUGACCCGUCUCUAUUUCCGCUAGUGUACGACCGUUCCCAUGUACUAGUCCAGGGUGGAGAGGUUUCCUUGGAUAAUUUAUGGAGAUUAGCAGGUCAGGUUGCCAAGGAUCUGCCGGUCCAUCCGCUCGCCCAAGCCAUAAUACGGCCGGGGUUGGAGAGGUCCCGCAUGGCUGGAUGGGGAGGACUGGAGAGCUGCUGGUCGAAUCGUUUCCAAUGGCUUCCCUGCGAAGUGCAGUUCAAUCCCCAAACGCUGAACAACAACACCGAUGUUCGGAUUACAUCCUAUGUGAAUAAUCUCCAUCCGGAGCACCAUAAAGGGCUGUACAGACACCUUGAGCGCCUCAUCGCAGGUGCGGUCUCUUCUUGGAACGAGAUUCUUUUCUACGGCAACACCCGUGGACGCCGUCCGCCACGCAUCUUAACAUAUGGUUGCCAGAUCCACAACCACAAGGAAGAUCACAAGAUAUUUGACCUGGUAUCCAGAUGGCUCACGUGGUCUGUGGCCUGUGAUACCUAUGAAGAGUGGCAGGGGCGUUGUGAAGCCGCUCGCGAAUAUAUCAAAGGGCCCGAGCCACCAAGAUGGAAGCAGGCCUAUUUUAAUGAGCAUGAUAUUCUAUUGGAAGACAUGACCCCAGAGAUGUGGGACUGCCCAAAAGAUGUGCGUCGCGCUAUUAACUCUAAACGAAGGCGGAGAGCUUGGUUCGACCAUCCUGAACCCGGCGUCUCAUUCUCGUACGAACAAUGGAAACAGGGUCAAUUUACAGGACGCGCAAUCAACCCGCAGCAUGUUGGGAAGUGCCCGGAUCCACUACACCAUGACCAUAUUCCGGUGAGACUGGAGCAGAAAUUUCAGCAUAACGGUCUCCAGGUCGUAGUGGAGAUUAAUCGCAUCGAACUCACAUCGGAGAAUCCCGUGUAUCCGGGAGAUACUCACUUCCACACCGAGGGGCUCCGUAAUGAUCAUAUUGUUGCCACCAGUUUAUACGUAGUGGAAUGCAAGAAUGUAACCCAGGCCCGCGUGGCGUUCGAGCAUGAGGAUGAAGUCCAUACGGAUGAGCUCGAAUGCGAGGUCCCGGAUGCGCUAGCCGCUAUUCUAGAUGUGGAAAAGUUGGAAGAUUUUGAGGAGCUGCCCCCUCGAGCACUACAUACUUUCGGAUCUGUCGGGACUACGGAGGGCCAUCUUCUGAGCUGGCCUAAUACUUAUCGGUCGAAGCAAGAGUCAUUUCGCCUAAGGGAUGCUAGUCAACCCGGCAAUAUGACCAUUGUCAAGCUUCGUCUAGUGGAUCCGCACUAUCGAGUUUGCUCCACACGGAAUGUACCGCCACAACAGCAUGACUGGUGGGCCGCUGCAGCGGAGCAGGCAUCGGAUCUGGAUAAGCGCUUGCCCCGAGAGUUAGUACUUUCCGUCAUGGAACAGGCGGACUGGUGGCCUAUGUCCGAAAUCGAGGCACGGGGCUUGCGGGAAGAGUUCCAUGGUGAUCAUGAGCGCGCUCGAAAGGCCAUUGAUAAUUGUGUGGGGCACAAUAGUGUCCUUGAUGUACCCUAG